AUGGUCACGAGAACAGAGAGAGAGCAUGAUGUUAUCAUCGUUGGCGCGGGUAUCCUUGGUUCGGCUGCUGCGGUCGCGUUGGGAAAGCAGGGCCGCAAGGUUCUCCUGAUCGAACGCGAUAUGUCUGAACCAGAUCGUAUUGUCGGAGAACUUCUACAGCCCGGAGGUGUCAAGGCGCUGCAUCAGCUAGGUCUCGCGGAUUGUCUGGAGGGCAUUGACGCGAUUCCCGUACAUGGAUACCACUGCAUAUACCACAAUGAGGGUGUUGCUAUUCCUUAUACUUCGACGGAGGGUGUACCAGAACGCGGAAAGAGUUUCCACCAUGGACGGUUCGUGAUGAAGUUACGCGAGGCUGCGCUCAAGGCGCCGAAUGUGUCUGUUCUCGAAGCGACUGCGAAUAACAUCUUCACUAACAGCGUUACUGGCGCUGCUCUUGGUAUUACUUGUACGGUUAAGAGUACCACAACUCCUCAGCAUCACUUCGCUCCAUUAACACUCAUCGCGGACGGAUGUUUCUCCAAAUUCCGGUCAAAGUAUAUUCCGAAACAACCGGCUGUCAGAUCACAUUUUGUCGGCUUGGUGUUGAAGGAUGCGGACCUACCUGCGCCAAAUCACGGACAUGUCAUUCUCGGCAAUAACCCACCAGUCCUCGUCUACCAGAUCGGCACCCACGACACGAGAAUCUUGGUGGACGUGCCAGGGAAGCUCCCAAGCGUCGGAUCAGGCGCGCUGAAGAAGUAUUUGGAGGAUACAGUAUUACCGGAGCUGCCAGAAUCGAUUAAACCAUCAUUCAAAGACGCAUUGGAGACCCAAAGAUUACGAACAAUGCCCAACUCCUUCCUUCCACCAUCCGUCAACAAAACCCCCGGUAUCAUUGUCCUCGGCGACGCAAUGAACAUGCGGCAUCCCCUCACAGGCGGAGGCAUGACAGUCGCCUUCACCGACGUCGUUCUCCUCCGGGACCUCCUCUCCCCCUCCCUUGUACCAACACUCUCGAACCGCGACCUAGUGGUACGGCAAAUGGAGAAAUUCCACUGGCAACGAAAGCACCUGAGCUCCGUCGUCAAUAUCCUAGCAAUGGCCCUCUACGCCCUCUUCGCCGCCAACGACAACCGUCUCCGCGCCCUCCAAAACGGUUGUUUCCGCUACUUCCAGCUCGGUGGCCCCUGUGUCGAGGGUCCCGUUUCUCUCCUUUCCGGUAUCAGGCGUCAACCACUCGUCCUGUUUAUGCACUUUUUCGCGGUGGCGAUUUAUGCUAUUUAUUUGAUUUUCGCGGAGAGUAGCCUUGUGAUGUGGCCGGUUAUGGUUGUGCAUAGUGGGGCGGUGUUUGUGAAGGCUUGUCAGGUGUUGUUUCCGUAUAUUUGGAGUGAGAUCUUGCCGUAGUCGGCGGCUGUUGAUGGAGGUGAGGGGAAGACAGAGGAUGGGGAUAGUUAUAGAUAAGAAAGAGAGCAUGUGCGGGGAUUUUGGCGUAUUGCUUGGUUUUGGUUGGAUACCACAAGAAGAACAUGAAAGAAUCUGCUCU